UAAUUGAGCACUUGCUCAAAAUAGAAUACAGAACUAGAAGAGGCAUUUUCUUAACAUAUGGCUGCUAUAUAACUGCAAAUAUAACAAGCUUAUCCCCUUUCCUCCCCCCUCCCAAAGCUGAGGUGUGUUACUGCUGCACUGAGGCUGAUGAAGAGACUUGAGUACUCUCUGGGAUGCUCAGCUGUGACAGAAGUGCUGCCACUGUCUACUGAAGAUGAUUCUGAGACACUCAUGGGCAGAGUUUAGCAGAUGCUAGGCAGGGCACCUGCUUGCUGUAGCCAAAGCUGCAGGUUCUUUUAAUUCCAAGCCAUGAAUGAAUCCAGGUGGACUGAAUGGAGGAUCCUGAACAUGAGCAGUGGCAUUUUGAAUGUGUCCGAACGUCACUCUUGCCCACUUGGAUUUGGCCACUACAGUGCGGUGGAUGUCUGCAUCUUCGAGACAGUUGUUAUUGUCUUGCUGACAUUUCUAAUCAUUGCUGGGAAUUUAACGGUCAUCUUUGUCUUUCACUGUGCUCCACUCUUGCACCAUUAUACGACCAGCUAUUUCAUUCAGACAAUGGCAUAUGCUGAUCUUUUCGUUGGAGUUAGCUGCUUGGUUCCUACUCUCUCACUUCUCCACUACUCCACAGGUAUCCACGAGUCACUGACUUGCCAGGUUUUUGGAUAUAUCAUCUCAGUUCUAAAAAGUGUUUCUAUGGCAUGUCUUGCUUGCAUAAGUGUGGAUCGCUAUCUUGCAAUUACCAAGCCUCUUUCCUACAAUCAACUGGUCACCCCUUGUCGCCUGAGAAUUUGCAUUGUUUUAAUCUGGAUCUACUCUUGCCUAAUUUUCUUGCCUUCCUUUUUUGGCUGGGGGAAACCCGGUUACCACGGUGACAUUUUUGAAUGGUGUGCCACCUCUUGGCUCACCAGUGCCUAUUUUACUGGCUUUAUUGUUUGCUUACUUUAUGCUCCUGCUGCCUUUGUUGUCUGCUUCACUUACUUCCACAUUUUCACAAUUUGCCGGCAGCACACCAAAGAGAUAAAUGACCGGAGGGCCCGAUUCCCUAGCCACGAAGUCGCUGCCUCUGGAGAGACUGGGCAUAGCCCUGACCGUCGCUACGCCAUGGUUUUGUUUCGGAUAACCAGUGUGUUUUACAUGCUCUGGCUCCCGUAUAUCAUAUACUUUCUUCUAGAAAGCUCCCGGGUCUUGGACAAUCCAACACUGUCCUUCCUAACAACCUGGCUUGCUAUAAGUAAUAGUUUUUGUAACUGUGUAAUAUACAGCCUCUCCAACAGUGUUUUCCGGCUAGGCCUCCGAAGACUGUCCGAGACAAUGUGCACGUCUUGUAUGUGUGUGAAGGAUCAGGAAGCACGAGACCCCCAACCUAGGAAACGGGCUAAUUCCUGCUCUAUUUGAAGAAAACUACACAGUAAAUCAAAUGUAAUCUGACAGUAGUUUGGGAUUGUAUUCUUGCUUCAUCUGGAAAUUUGCCACUAGAGAAAUAUUUACUUGAAUAGUUGACUAUGAGAGGAAGGGACUAAAGGUUUUUUUUUUCAUGGAAAAAAAAAAAAACACCUGAAGAAAAGGAUGUAUAGAGGGUAAUCUCGUGAGAUAAUUGUAGUGUGUGAGUAUGAAUGUGCAGUAAUAGGCAAAAUCAAGCACUGAGGACGGAAAAGUACCUCAGAUCUUCCACAGGGCAUGAGCAAAGCCCCUGGCGUCUGUCUCUCUCUCUGACUGGACUCUCUCCUCUGUCUCUGUCUCUCUCACUCUCUUUGUGUUUGUGGAAAUUACUUACAUAAAUUGCCCUUUACAGAAAAAUGCUACAUAUUAUAUAUGUGGUAAAGUAUAAUUUUUUGCAUCAAAGUGUACUUGUUUAAAUUCACUUAUCUACAAUCCCUAAACGGUCUCUCCAUGGAGGAUGCAUAGUAAGCAUUGUAUUUUAUUACCUGCCACACAACCAUUUGCUUGUGUUUUUAUAAUAUCUGUAGCACAAAAUUUCUGCUAUGAACAAAAAGAAACAGUAUUUUUGUUUCUUCUGGGUAAAAUUAUGCUCCCUCCUCCUUCCUAACAGCCUAUUUUUUUUUUCCAUUUUUCUUGAUCUGCAUCCUUUGGUACCUUAAUCCAGAAGUGUCUUAGCUAAUGAAAGAAUCUACUAUAUAAAAGUCAUAAUGUUGAAUGAUUUAUUCCUUCCAAAAAAGCAUUCUAUAGGUUAUUUGAGAUAUUGUGUUAGGUAUUUUUAAUGGCUUUGGGAAACAUUUUUAUUUGUUUUAUUUUGAAUUAGUUCGUGUGCCCAAAGUAGUGUCUUUUUGUUUUUUGCAAGGGGGGGGGGGCUAUAGUAGUUAAGCUUUGUUUUUCUUUAAGAUAAUUCACAAAUAAUUCUAAUGCAGAUGCAGAGUACUCACUCAGAAGUGAGGUAUUGCUCUUAAAGCUACUUGUGUCCUUAUUUUUUUUUUAAAAGAGUAAAAUGUUAACCUUUUUGUGUUAGAUUUACAGAGCUUAUUGUUGUGUCUGCUAAUUAUUUGUGUGAUAAUGCAUUUGCACAUACUAUAUUUUUUACAACAAAGAAAAUGUAAAUUACAUUAUGUGAUCUGUGCCUAAUGUCUUCUUAGCACACUAUAUAGAUCAGUGUUGCUUAAGUCAUCAACAUUGGACAAAAAUAUACAAAAACUUCUUUUAAGAGAAAAAUACUUUUGUGUAGUUGUUAUUUAGAUAUUUCUAUUAGACCAAGCUGCAUUCUUAGUGAUGCUGAGAAUAAAAUAUACUUAAUUAUCAAAUACAGGUAAGAACUGUCAGUAUUUUCUUUUGUAAUGAUCUGUUUUCAUAUUCAGAGAUUAAAUUAACUUAUUUUUUAGUGUGCUACAUGGAAUUGUAUAGUAAAUUGUCAGGGGUUUAGAUGUAGCAAAACGGCAUUUGGGAAAUUAGUAGUGAAGCAGGUGUAAGUGCUAAAACAUCUAAAUCUUACUUUUUUUACCGUAAGUUUCCUGCCUGACAUAUUUUAAAAUUUAUAUCAAACUACUGAGUAUUUUUCUUCUCAGCAUUUUUUAUUUCUUUAUUUUAUGAAAUGCAUUUAGUGAAAUGUGCCUAUGACUCUUCAAAUUGGAAGCCAACCAUGUUUGCACACUGGUGGUUUGACUUCAGAGGUCUUUUAGUAAAAGAAAUGUCAUCAUUUUAUUGAGGUUGUUCUGAGCCCAUGUAUAUUUUUAAACAUGUAAGGAAGGUUUAAAAUAAAGAAUAAAACAGUAUUCUA